AUGGCCAUGCGACCGGCCGCGGGCUUGGCCAAGCGGAGCGAGGCAAGCGAGCCGUUUGGGAAGAAGAAGCUCGGGCGCAACGUCGAGAUGUUCAUUGUGCGCGAGGACCAGCUUCACAACGCCGUGCAGCACGUCAAGGCGUCCGACCACCUCAAAGGCCGCGCCGUCUGGGAGGACCGCCAGGGUAAGCGGGGCAUGGUCAACCAGCGCUCGCGCACCGACAAAAAGAUUCAAGAAGAAAUGGAGCUCGCGAACCGCGAGCUCUUGGCCGUGCGCUCCGAGCGGAUUCGCCACUACUACGCAAAGUGCUACAUGGAAUGGGACCAGGAGCUCAACGCCCGUGGUCUGGCCAUUGUUCGGGAGCGCGACUAA